AUGGGACUAUUCAAGAAUGUCAUUGAACCAACAGCAAUCGCUCUUGUUUUCGCAGCCGGAACGCUGAUAAAUCGUCGGCGAUUGAAGCCUCAAAGAUAUCAACGUGACAUUGAAUCCAUACCCGACUACAUUUCCGCCGAGAAGAAGACUGACGAUGCGUCAGCUUCGCGAAGAAAAGGGGGCAAAGGCUCGAAUUUGCUCGUCUUCCGGGUGUUGUCGUGGAUUUUUGGGGCGUUUCCGUUUUUGAGCGAGAUAUGGUAUUGGCUUCUUACAUACUGGAUAUAUCAGCUUAGUCGCGCUUUAACGGCUCGAGCUAUUGCGCCUUAUCCUCAUGUCUAUCUCGUCGCGAAGUAUCAUGCUCUGCAGCUUCUUGCAAUCGAACAGUUCCUCCACAUCGACAUCGAACAAUCAUUUCAAGCGUACAUCCUCUCGAAUCACGCUUACAUUAUGACCGUUCUCAGACAUAUAUAUCACUCCCACAUCAUCGUCGGCGUCGUCUUCAUCGUAUACACAUACACUGUCCUUCCACCAUCCUUAUUUAGGCGCAUCCGACGCACCAUCGCUAUGGAUAAUUUCAUCGCCUUCAUCAUAAUCUCUCUCUGGCGAUGUUACCCUCCGCGAAUGCUCCCACCGGACUACGGCUUCGUAGACAUUCUCCAUGAAGGAAAGACGGGCUCCGUAUGGACUCACAAUCGGUUCCAACUGACGAUUGCCGCGAUGCCGAGUCUGCAUUUUGGAACCUCGAUGUUAUUCGGGGUGUGUUUGGCGAGAUUUAGUCCGCAUUUGGUGGUGCGUGUUUUGGCGCCGCUGUGGCCGUUGGCAAUGUUUGUGACGGUUGUUGCGACGGCGAACCAUUUUGUGCUGGAUCUCGUUGUUGGUGCAAUUGUGGCGCUUUUGGGAUGGCGGUGGAAUAGAGCGGUUUUGGUGUUGGAGGGUUUGCAGGAUUGGAUGUUUUCGCCGGUGGUUGAUCGAAUGGAUUUGAGAUUUGGGGGUGAAGGUUCUGGAGAGGCUGAGAGAUGA